AUGGAAGUUGAAAUCUACAAAGAGGACAGUAAGUGCGUCUCUGGACCUCUGGAGAACUGUCCGAUGAACGCGUCUUCGUCGUGGGCAUCUGGAUACACGGACAGCCGGAACGCGACGCCGAAUGAGAGCUGGGAACAGGAGGGCAUGUCCCCCAUCAUCCCCAUCAUCACCGCUGUGUACUCCGUGGUGUUCGUAGUUGGGCUUUUUGGCAACUGUCUCGUCAUGUACGUCAUAAUUAGGUAUACCAAAAUGAAAACUGCUACAAACAUCUACAUCUUCAACUUAGCCCUGGCUGAUGCCCUGGUGACCACCGCAAUGCCUUUCCAGAGCACAGACUACAUGUUAAACUCUUGGCCAUUUGGAGAGGUGGUGUGCAAAGUGUUUAUUGCCAUUGACUAUUACAACAUGUUCACCAGUAUUUUCACUCUCACCAUGAUGAGUGUGGACCGCUAUGUCGCCGUGUGCCAUCCAGUCAAAGCCUUGGACUUCCGCACACCGGUCAAGGCCAAAAUUAUAAAUGUCUGCAUCUGGAUCUUGUCCUCUGCUGCUGGGAUACCUGCGUUCGUUCUGGGAGGGACACAAACAAAUAGUGACAUUACGGAGUGUGCCUUACAGUUUCCUGAACCGUACGGGUACUGGGACACACUAAUGAAAGUGUGUGUGUUUGUCUUUGCCUUCGUGGUGCCCGUUCUCAUCAUCACCGUGUGUUACUCUCUCAUGGUGCUGAGGCUCAAGAGUGUGCGCAUGCUGUCUGGCUCUCGAGAGAAGGACCGCAACCUGCGCCGCAUCACCAGACUCGUGGUGGUGGUGGUGGCUGUGUUUGUGGUGUGCUGGACUCCCAUUCACAUCUUCAUCCUGGUGAAGGCGCUAGUGAGCAUCCCAGAGUCUAUCGCCAUCACGGCUGCUUACUUCUUCUGUGUGGCACUGGGCUACACCAACAGCAGCCUGAACCCUGUGCUCUACGCCUUUCUGGAUGAGAACUUCAAGCGUUGUUUCAAAGACUUGUGCCUCUCUGCACGGCUGAAGGGAGACAAAGUGUCUGGAAGUAAGAAGGGCCUGAGCACUGUGCGAGAGAUGGCUGUGCCCCUGGAGAACCCUGAUGGGACUAAGCCCACAUGA